AUGGAUGCUCAGCCCAGUAGUUGCAGAGUGCAAGAGGUGAAGCUCUUUAUGCCAGCUACCCUCAUCCUGCUCCUCUCCCUCUGCACCCCAGGCCCAAGGGUGUGUGAAUACACCUGUGUCCUCACUGCGCCCAGUGGAGGCCACUGGCGCAAAUGGGGGAGUGGGCAAUUUUGCUGCUAUGGCUAUGCCAAUGGAUUUGUGCUGAAGGUGGAGCCCUCCCAGUUUGGGAGAGAUGACACAGCUCUGAAUGGCAUACGCCUGCAUUGUCAAGAUGACUCAGUCAUCUAGUCCUUGGUGGGGGAAUGGGAUACCUGGACCAGCUUCCAAGUUUGCCCUGGGGGCUGCUUGAUCUCCUUCUCACUGACAACAGAGAAGUCUCAAGGAGGAGGUGAAGACACAGCAGCCAACAACAUCCAUUUCAGAUGCUCAGAUGAAACUGUACUAGUAGGUGAUGGACUCCUGUGGGGUAGAGCUGGCCCGUGGAGCAAAAUUUGCAACAUCUGCAGUCUCCAAACCAAGGUAGAGCCCCAGCAGGGUCUUCAGGACAACACAACACUCAACAAUGUGAAAUUCUUCUGCUGUAAAUGA